AUGGAUCCCACUAGACGACGACAAAAGGUCUCUUCGGCCUGUCAGAGAUGCCGUUCGCGGAAAUCAGGAUGUGAUCGACAUCGACCAUGCCAACUAUGUGUCCGAGCUGGUGUGCCAUGCGUACCUGGUAGGACUGGUGGGACAGAACAGGCUGUGGCGGUGAAUAUGCAGGGUAGCUCUAGCCUGAACCAGAUUCGUCUCCAAGAUGAAGAAAGGGCUGUUCUACCGGAACAAAGUAUCGUGGAAUUGAGCACGAAGAUUUUCUCUCGUGAUUAUCCGGCCUACGACACUUCAGCGUUGCCGGGAGGGAAGGAAAUGGAAAGGUCAGUCUCAGCCAGCGCCAAAUCAUGGCAAGAUAUUAUUGGGUCAACACUCCCUCCAAAAGGAGUGCUCGAUACAUUACUUGACCAGUUCUUCAAUUCAGUUAAUUGGUUUAUGAUGGUCUUUCAUGAGGAACAUUUUCGACGACGCUACGAGAACCUGUUAACAUCUACUCAAGGUGUAGAACCAGUCGAUAACAACCUCCUUUGGGUUACGUUGAUGGCUCUUGGACUAGGCGCCCAUUAUUCCCUAUUGGGCGGAUCCACCGGUCAAGACGAAUCUUCACUGCGACUAUUUUCCGAGAGCAUUUUCACACAAGUUGAACAUAAAUUUUGCCGUAUCAUUGGCUCACCGAAUGUCGAGGCUGUUCAAAUUUGUAUACUCUUAGGUAGCUUCCAUUUGUUCAAUGGCCGUCCCACAGUUGGGUUUGGUAUACUUGGAAGCGGUGUCAAGAUCGCCCAGAUCAUGGGAUUACAUCGGGAGUCUAUGUGGAAGGGUAUUUCCAGUAUCAACAGAGAGUUGAGGCGGCGGUCAUGGUGGGCACUUGAAGUUUUUGACAAAUAUGCUGCUAUCGCCUUCGGAAGACCCUGCACAAUAGAUGAGUCCGAUUGCAGCGUUGAUCCUCCAGUCGAUGUAUGCCUUGAAGGAAAACUGGUCUCACCUCGAAAUUCACUACUGGAAUACCAUCGACAAAAGUUCAAACUGUAUCGACUGAUGGGCCCUUUCCUAGGCCGCAGGAGCCAGACGAAUCGACUGGAAACAGUAAACAACCUCCACGGUCAGCUCAUUCUCUGGCAAAGGGAGCUACCUGGAAGUCUACGAUUACAGACCUACAAGGACGAUGUGCCCUCGGAGAAGCCAUCUCUCUACCAGUUGCAGGCAUUAGCGCUUCAAUUAACCUAUGACAAUCUCCAGAUUAUCCUCCACAGAAGCGUGGCUUUUGGGGACAGCCGUCACUGCAUGACUGGUGAUGGUAGCACUGCCCGUAGACAGGACUCAUCUCUUCACAGAGAAGAAUUGCUCCAGUCUGCGUUACGAACGUCGGAGCUGGGCCAGUAUAGUCACAUCCUCCAGGCUUGUCGCAGAACACACGCUGUUAUGCAUGUUGGUAUAUGCCUUUUCACGGCAGGUGUAGUUCUCUGCGCAGUGAGCCUUUCGGAGCCAUUAUCGCUUUCCAGCCAAAAAGCAAAAGCAGGGAUUAUGGCUAUCAUCCGUCUGCAUCAGAACAACCUUUCGGAUCAGCAUCUUCUUUCGGCCCAAAGCGCGAAAAUUCUCGAGGACUCAGUAGCUGCGGUCAUGCAAUUCGAACAGCAGCUCAUCCUUGGCCAUCUUCCGCCUAGAUCGCCCAACGUUCGGCCCAGAACUUUGAUCGAAGAUGAUGUGGUCACGCCAGCUGGCCAGGAUAGUCGUCCCGACACUUCACGGGCUACAGAGAACGAAGCCUUUUUGGCCCCUUUACAGGAAGUAUUUGCUGAGCACCUGCAAGAUGGAGCGCUAGGAAUCGAAUCGACGGAUGAUAUGCCACAGAAUUCGGCCGGUUCCUAUGAGGAGUCUUUAAUGCUAGCACCUCCGAUGUUUUCUUGGGACGGAGGCUUAUAUUCAACGAUCGAUCCUGAAUUUGCCGAUGCAAAUCAACUAUGGUUAUGGUCAGACCAUACAUUACAAAACUUCUUCUAG